AUGGGUUCUUUGGGUCCAUUUGGUGGACUCCGUGUUCAGCAGUUGGUCAGAGAUCACAAUGCUUGUCACAAGCAUAUUAAAGUAGAACUCGCGAAAUUGCAUGAUGAUCCAGAUAUUGUGAUGUAUAAUAAAGAUGCAUGGCGUGUUGCAGGCGUAACCGAGGUAAGCAGAUGUAUAGGAAAUGCAUAUUUGAAGCGGGAGCCUUUCACUUUAUACCCAGCCUCCGAAGUACCGCUGACAGAACUUGAGCCUUCUGAUUUUACCCGACCUUUGCUAUCAGCAGAACCGGAGAUAUACUCAAGAGUCUUAAGAGACAGCAACAAAUUCAUCAUAUUUGGAUCUGGUGGACUUUGGAAAUUACUGAGAAAUGAGGAUGCGGCUAAAAUUAUGAACACCGGUCCACAAGAAGGAAUUGCAAAAAGACUUGUGAGGGUUGCUCUAGAGAUUGCAGCUAGAGAGAAGAAUAUAACCUAUAGUGAGCUCUUGAAGGUUCCAAAGGGACGUAGUGUUUCUUUUGAAAGAACAAGGCGGAGUUAUCAUGACAUAUCUGUGAUGCCAGAUGAGAUCACAUACAUAUCUGAACCAGUGCCAUGGAUCAAUUCCUUCAGAAGCUUCUCUGACAUUCCUUUUUGUUCCUAUUCUCACCAUAUGUAUGCUCCUGAAGCAUUGGCUAUUUGUUUGACUGUGUAA